AUGGCCCUCACUCCCGUCGCCCAGGUCAUCACGCCCAAUGACCACGACCAGCAGCCCCGCUACCCCACUCGGUCCAUCUUCCUCGCCGGGCCUACAGACUUCAACUGGCGGCAAGGCUUCAUCACCGCCCUCAAGCAGCGCCUCACCGCCGUCAACAUCACCAUCUUCGACCCCUUCCAGCCAAGGUGGGACGCCACCUGGAAAGAGGACGUCGACACGGACCCGCGCUUCGCCGCCCAGGUCGACUGGGAGCUCUCCCGUCAGGAAGGGGCCACUACUGUCGCCGUCUUCUUCCACGCCGACAGCCAGGCCCCCAUCAGCCUGCUCGAGCUGGGGCUAUGCGCCCGCUCCGGCAAGGCCGUGGUGGGGUGUGAGCCGGGGUACUGGAAGAGGGGCAACGUGCAGGCCGUCUGCCGCCGUUACGGGGUCCCGCUGGCCGACAGCCUGGACGGCCUCGCGCAUCUGGCGGCGGCAAAAUUGGCUAGGAGCAAGGCUUGA